AUGAUUAAAGCUGAGGAUGGCACAGUCCCUCCUCCCUCUCCGCUACGGGAUGACCCAACAUGCUUCACUCAAGAUCUUCCCGGUCCCGCUUCGGCCUCCUGGCAACCUGCUGCGCACGAGUCUCCCUCAGUCAACACCCAUAUCAAAGAUGAAACGAAUGUGAUAUUGCCAUAUGCGAUCGAAGAACCCGAGGAUGAGCCUGCCGACACCUGGGAGGAGGCAGGUGCGAGACCGAGGUCGGCGUUACUUCUCCGGGAUAUUUCAGACACCAAGCAAGAUGAUUUGGCGGUCUCGAUGGAGGGCCUUUAUUGCGAUUCGGACCCUACAAGCCGCCGCUCAAGCUUCGCCGCUAAACGAGGCAUGAAGCGGAAGCCGUCCAGUGCACCUACCGCCCCGACCCGUCCAGCUCGAUCACAUUCAACCAGCAACUCUUCCAAUACUCAAGAGGGAGGAUCCAACGGUCGUCCCAAAAAGCAACGUAGGCGAAGCCAGCGUUCAAGGAACCAGAUGGGGUUAUUCUCCGAUGUCUUAUGGCACGGGGAGGCCAGUGAAACCGGGUCAUCGGGCAGUUACGACUCUCGAUCUUCUUCCGCAGAUCCUAGUAGUUCCUACCCUUAUGCGUCCACCACGCCAGAUCAAAUGGACAUCGACUGA